UAAAUACUGGACGUAGACCAGUACCCCAGGUCCCCGUGUACCACAUCGAGAUGCAGGCCGGUCAGAAUGUGGUAUAUCCAGCUCCUCCACAGUACAGGGUGCCACAGGUUCCUCCACGUCCUACGCUGAUGCCCACACCUGGUCGUCCACCAGGCUGCCCUCCGGGACUGGAGUACUUGACUCAGAUCGAUCAGGUCCUUGUCCAUCAGAGGGUCCAUGUGGCUGAAAUGGUCCUGGGCUGGGAGAGUAAUAAUGUCUACACAGUGAAGAACAGCAUGGGCCAGCAGGUCUUUGUGGCCACAGAGGAAAAUGACAUCUGCACUCGGCAGUUUUGCGGCUCCAUCCGACCGUUCAUCAUUCACCUCCAUGACAGUCUGGGACAAGAAGUCCUGACCUUGACGCGACCCCUGAACUGUGGCCUGUGCUGCUUCCCCUGCUGCCUUCAAGAGCUGGAGGUGCAAAGUCCUCCAGGAAACCCCAUCGGCUUCGUGGAGCAGAACUGGCACCCGCUGCUUCCCAAGUUUACAGUCCUAAACGAGAUGAAGAAGCCGCAGCUGAAGAUCAAGGGUCCGUGCUGUGACUGCAGGUGCAUGUCCGAUAUCAUCUUUGAGGUGCUGUCCCUGGACGAGUCCAAUGUGGUGGGACAGAUCAGUAAGCAGUGGGGCGGCUUCUUGCAGGAAGGAUUCACAGAUGCGGAUAACUUUGGGAUCACGUUCCCAGUGGACCUGGAUGUGAAGAUCAAAGCCGUGAUGCUUGGAGCCUGCUUCCUCAUCGAUUUCAUGUUUUUUGAGUCUAAUCCAAAUGAAAAUCAUCAUUAAGACAUUU